CAGCUUCCUGUUCAGCGAACACUCACACUUCCUCCACUACAGCAACACUUUGCUUGACUACUGUGACGCUCUCAGACAGAUUGUAGGCUAUAUGUUCAUACAAACCCUGCCACUGAAGAUAGUAUGUUUGGUGUCUGAGACAGUGAAGGGGCCAGAAUGCAGAGCAUCAAGUGUGUGGUGGUAGGAGACGGUGCAGUGGGGAAGACCUGCCUCCUCAUCUCCUACACCACCAACGCCUUCCCCAAGGAGUACAUCCCCACUGUGUUUGACAACUACAGCGCCCAGGUGACUGUGGACAGCAGGACUAUUAGCCUCAACCUGUGGGACACAGCAGGCCAGGAGGAGUACGACCGCCUGCGCACCCUCUCCUACCCUCAGACCAACGUGUUUGUCAUCUGCUUCUCCAUUGCCAGCCCCCCCUCCUUUGAGAACAUCAAGCACAAGUGGCACCCAGAGGUCACCCACCACUGUCCCAAUACGCCCAUUCUGCUGGUGGGCACCAAGAAGGACCUGCGUAAUGACCCGGAGGUGUUGAAGAAGCUAAAGGAUCAGAACCAGAUGACCAUCACCCAACAGCAGGGCACCGCCCUGGCCAGGCAGAUCCAAGCCAUCAAGUACCUCGAAUGCUCUGCCCUCAACCAAGAUGGAAUCAAAGAAGUGUUCGCUGAGGGUGUGCGAGCCUUUCUCAACCCACAACCUGUCGCCACCAAGAAACCUUGUGUGCUAUUAUAAAGGCAGUAUGAAACCCUGUGUGCUAUUAUGAAGGCAGUAGGAAACCCUGUGUGCUAAUUGUAAAGGCAGUAGGAAACCAUGUGUGCUAUUGUAAAGGCAGUAGGAAACCCUGUGUGCUAUUGUAAAGGCAGUAGGAAACCCUGUGUGCUAUUGUAAAGGCAGUAGGAAACCCUGUGUGCUAUUAUAAAGCCAGUAGAAACCCUGUGUGCUAUUGUAAAGGCAGUAGGAAACCCUGUGUGCUAUUGUAAAGGCAGUAGGAAACCCUGUGUGCUAUUAUAAAGGCAGUAGAAACUCUGUGUGCUAUUGUAAAGGCAGUAGGAAACCCUGUGUGCUAUUGUAAAGGCAGUAGGAAACCCUGUGUGCUAUUAUAAAGGCAGUAGAAACUCUGUGUGCUAUUGUAAAGGCAGUAGGAAACCCUGUGUGUGUCACGAUCGUCGUAAUAAUGGUUGGACCAAGCUGCAGCGCGAUAUGGUUUCCACAUAAUUUAUUAAAGUGAAAAACCUAGAAUGAAACAAAUAAAGACACAAACAACGAAACGUGACCAACGAGAUGCUAUGUGCAUUAAGUCAAAACACAGAAACAUAAACAAUAUCCCAUAACCCACAGGUGGAAAAAUGCCACUUAAGUAUGAUCCCCAAUUAGAGACAACGAUUACCAGCUGCCUCUAAUUGGGAAUCAUAUACAAACACCAACAUAGAAAAUUAAACCUAGAACCCCACAUAUCAAUAAUAAACUAGACUAAAACCCCUAGUCACGCCCUGACCUACUCUACCAUAGAAAAUGCAGGCUUUGUGUGCUAUAAAGACAGUGUGCUAUUAUUAAGGCAGUAUGAAACCCUGUGUGCUAUUGUAAAGGCAGUAGAGAUACUAUCACAGAUGCAUAUCCAAUAGAACAAUAUUAAUUAAUUGAAUGUGUGUAAACCAUUGGAGUUGAUUUUAUUGUGAAAUAUGUUUUUGUUGUACUGCCAUUAACAAACACUGUGAUAUCAAGACUUCAUUAAGAAAAAAGGGGAUCUUUGAGGCAUUGGCUCAAGAUGCAUGCUUCAAAACUGACCCAAUGUUAGGUCGGCGAGAAGGGCCUUGCUCAAACUUUGUCUGUCCGAAUCCUUGCUUUUGUAUAUCCAUUAUUUUGCCCUCUUCCUUUAAAGCAAUUGACAAACAAAGCCUGAGAUUUGAUGGGAGAUACAUUCUCUCAUGUAUCUGUGUUUGAAUAACUGUCAAAUUUGGACAUGUAUGGCCUUUACAAAAAUAAUUAAAUAAUGCACGUGUAAAAAGAUAA